CGGCUAUCACAACCUGGCUGUUAUCUUUAUUAAGGGCUAAGGCAUUUGCAGGUCCUUCUUGAGUUAUGUGUAUAGUUUUUGACGUCAUACCGUUAUUUAUUGAUAUUGUUGACAACAAUGGAGGAUCAAAUUCAUUCGGAGUUGAUUAUAAAAGAGGAACAGGAUGGUGAAGAUAAUGACAUAAAGAAAGGUCGGUGCUCGACUGAAAGUGGUAAAAGUAUCACGCAUGAUGCGUCGGCGAUUGGUAUACGACCGAAACCUUUGAUUUGCAAGCCGGAAAAUGUAAGCUGUAAAUCCGAGCCAAUUGAAACCAAGUGGCAAUGGGCCCCAGGAGCGUGGCAAGACGCGACUAGAACUAGCGCAUUUCAGCCGUACAAGCCACCUACAUUACUUACAAAUUUGCAAAGAGGCAAUACUGAGACGCAGAUACAUCAACAUGCUGGAAGUGACAUCACAUUUCAUACUUUAGCAGGUCAAGGAGAACUCACACCUGAUCAUAUACAUUCAAGCUCUGUGGAUGCUACCGACGAAAAAGGCUUGACAGGUUUGAUGUGGGCCAGUGCUUACGGACAAUUAGGUAGUGCCAGGAUGUUACUUCAAAAAGGUGCUGACAUAAAUAUUUGUGGACCAACAAUGCAGACCUGCUUACACUAUGCUGCUGCUUAUGGUCAUCAUGAUGUUGUUAAAUUAUUGCUGAGUCGUGGUGCUAAUCCAAAUGCAUGUGAUUCAGAUGGAAACACCCCAUUAAUAUAUGGAGCAUUUUAUGAUCAUCCACAUGUGUGCUAUGAAUUGUUAAUAAAAGGUGCAGAUGUAACAAUCACUAAUGUUUCAAAUUUAACUGCGUACAAAGCAGCAAUUCUAAAUAAUUCACUAAAUGCUAAAGCAGUUAUUGAGAAUCAUCUGAUACCACAGAUUAUAAACGCAACGGAUGAAUUAAAAAAUGAGUUAAAAUGACAAAAAAUUUAUUUCACCAGAAAAUGAUUUAAAUAGGCAAUUUAUCUGUUUUGUUCUUUCAAGGUAAAUUUUAUACUUUCUUUUUAACAAAUUUUUUUUAUACGUAUUGACUCACUUGUGGUAUGUAUCUCUGAGACUGUUUUGAGGAUCAUAUAUACAUAUAUAUUAUAUAUAUAUAUAUAUAUAUAUGUAUUGUCAACAGUGAACAAUUUUAUAAUACAUAUACAAAUUAUAUAAAGACCAAGUAUCAAUAUUGACAGAUUUGCAGUAUUAAAUACUUAUCGAGAUGAGGAUGUAUGAAUUUACAAAGAAAUAACAAAAUUUGAUGUAUAUAUUUGAUAAUAAUACAAUUCUUUCCAAACAUUACUGCAAUACUAAAAAAUAUAUGUAUGUUGAAUAAAAAGUAAGUAGAAUCAAUUUUUUAUUUCGACGCGACAAAAUGAUCAUUAUAUAUUCUUUUCUAAUUAAAAUAUCUGUUUUCUAAUUAAAACAUCUGUUUUACAAGCAUGCAUAAGUAUUCGGCACAAAAUAACUAAGCAUAAUAUAACAAGUGGAGGACAUAUUAAGAUCAAUUUGUACACAGCUGUUCUGUACCCCGAUCAAGGCAAUAAAAUGGUUGGUUACCAUCUUUUCAAAUGCAACGAUUUUAUACAUUGUCGAAAACAUGAUAACCAAAAGUUUUAGUUGUCUCAAUUGGGGAAUACGUCACUGACCCGGAGCUGUGCAAAUCGGUCUUUGAUGGUGUUCAUAUGUACAUAUGUAUAGUAAAGGCAUGAAAUGGACAAUAAUUUCACAGGCCAGUAAAUAUACGAAUUCUCUAUAUUUACUGAUUUUUCCAUGCUUUUAUUUAACAUAUAUAAAUAUAGAACAACGAUGUGUGUUUGUUGUUCGUGUGUAUACAAGGAAUGUGAUGGCAAUAAAAUAAAAAUUCAAACAAUC